CAACUACUUCAUUAUUAGCUUGCAAAAUUCUCACUUAAAAAGAGACAAGUCUAAUAACUAUAAAUAAGCAUAUUUAGUAGUCUUAACCAACAAGUCAAGUACUACUUACUCAUCUCAAUAGCAAAGAAAAUUUCUUUCUUUCUCAACUCUUGUAAUCUUUUCUUGCUUAUUCAAAAAUUAUUACACCAAUAUGGGUUUCUAUUUGCCCGGAGUAGCCCCAACAAAGAAAUUUCUUCGACGGUCUUUGUCUAACUCGAGCAAAACAACAUCAAACGCAGUAGAUGUCCCGAAAGGCCAUUUAGCAGUUUAUGUUGGAGAGAGACAAAAGAAGCGGUUUAUCAUUCCAGUAUCGUAUUUAAGUCACUCUUUAUUUCAAGAAUUGCUUGUUCAAGCUGAAGACGAAUAUGGAUAUGAUCAUCCGAUGGGAGGCCUCACAAUUCCAUGCAGAGAAGAUAUGUUUGUUGAUCUCAUAUCGAAUCUCAAUGCUUCAUAAUCAAGGUUGAUCACUAAGAAUGUGGCAUAUUCUUUCAUCACAACAUUUUGUGAAACUAGAAAUAUUGAGAUUUUUUUUAUUCUUAUUAUCAUUCUCCUUACUUUGUGGAGUGGAAAAAUAGCUCCCAGAAUGAGAAAUGUAUAAUUCUGAUACAAUCAAUUUGCAAUUAUUAUUAUACCAAAA